AUGGUAAAACACCUUGAUUCCAAACGACUAAAGCGAUCGAUAGCUGCAAGCAAUCACAACAUAUAUGUGGAAACGUACAGAGGUUCGAACACGGAAGCGAUGAGCCAUCACAUAAGACCAUGCGUAGCGAGAAAGCCAGAUCAAAUCAUACUACAUGUCGGUACAAAUGAUAUAAGAGAUAAACAGACUAAUGAGAUUGUGAAUGGUAUCCUAGAAAUUGAGGAGAUUAUAAAGAAAGAAAGUCCAACAACGAAUGUAGUUAUAUCUGAGCUGAUACACCGAACCGACAAAGCUGAAUUCUCACAGAAAGUCGAUAAGGUAAACGAAAUGCUAGUUAAAGCAUGCCAACGACGUAAUUUAACUUAUAUUAAACAUAAAAACAUUCAGGACAAACACUUAAACGCUUACGGCCUGCACUUAAACAAAUUUGGCACAGGCAUAAUGGCAAAAAACUUUCUUACCUACUUUAAUUCUAAGUACAAUUGAUGCUACGAAUCUGUCUCGGAGCACACCUCAUACUCGUAUGGUAAAACCGGUGAUGUCAUAAACGACCAAACAAAUGAGUUGCCUCGGGAGGAAGGCAAUAUUACUAGUAAAGUUGAUAAAAAAUCGAAAAACGGGGAUAAAGGUUUCAAAAUAGGUCAUCUUAAUAUCAGAAGCUUAAUAAAAAAUAUAGAUCAAUUGAAAAUCUACCUUUCCAAUCACCAAUACGACAUUAUAUGCAUUAAUGAAACCUGGUUAGAUGACAAAAUUAAUACUUAUGAAGUUAGUUUAAAUGGAUAUGACCUAGUGCGUAAAGAUAGGAAACGUACAGGAGGUGGAGUAGCUAUGUAUAUUAGAAAUUCAAUAAGCUAUAAAAUUAGAGAAGACAUAAUGCCAGAAGGAUUGGAAACAAUCACGGUGGAAAUAAAAAAACCUAGAGCUAAACCUUUUUUUCUUAACACGUGGUACAAGCCUCCAGAUAUGCCUAUAGAAGCAUUUAAUGAAUACGAACAAUGUAUACAAAAAAUGGAUAGUGAAAAUAAGGAAAUUAUAUGCAUCGGCGAUUUCAAUUGUGAUUGGCUCCAACCUGAUAAAAUCGAGACUCGAAGGUUAUCACAUUUGGCUAGAAUGUAUCAACUUGACCAAAUGAUUGAUGAACCGACUCGAGUCACCGAAAGAUCUCGAACACAAAUCGAUUUGGUUUUUAGUAAUCGUCCAGAGAUAAUAAUUAAGUCCGGUGUACAUCACAUCGGUAUCAGCGAUCAUAGCUUAAUCUAUAUACACAGGAAAAUAUCUAUACCACGUAAGCAACCAAAGAUUAUCAAUACGCGACAGUUUAAGCGUUAUAACAUAGAAGCUUUCAAUCUAGAUUUGUAUAAUAUCCUUCAUUCACAGCCGCAUGAAUCCGAUCCGAAUAUCCUUUGGGAUGACUGGAAGGAAAAAUUUUUGUUAGUAGCGGAUAUGCAUGCACCACCGGUCAUCAGGAGAGUUCGAAGCGAACAUGUGCAUGGUUAACUUCGGAAAUCAAAACAAAAAUGUAUCAUAGGGAUUUUCUUAAGAAAAAGCAAUCAAAACAGGUUCAACCCACUUUCAUAAUACAUACAAAAAGGCUAGAAAUAAUUUGAGCAAGUUAGUAAAAGAUACAAAAGCGAAUUAUUACAAUAAUGCGAUAAAUCAAUGCAAUAAGGAUCCAAAAUCUAUGUGGAAAACUAUCAAUCAAUUAACAAACAAGAAAUCGAAAACAACUAAAAUUAAUGAACUGAUAAUUGAUCAGAAAGUUACAACAAAUCCAGAUGAAAUAGCAGAAGGUAUGAAUAAAUAUUUCAAUGAUAUUGGAACCGUUUUGGCUGAUAAUCUCUCAAAUGGGCAUAAUAGUUUUGAGGCGUAUGUCAACCCUACUGAAACUACAUUUGAAAUUCAAAACAUUUCUGUAGUGGAGGUAAAAAGUGAAAUUUCAAGAAUCAAAACUUCCAAAGCUACUGGACAUGAUCGUAUAUCACCAAAACUUUUGAAAGAUAGUGUGGAAGUAGUUGCCGAAUCCCUCACAAAUAUUUUCAAUAAAUCCAUUGAAAAAGGCGUAUUUCCUGAUGACCUUAAAAUUGCAUGCAUAUCUCCUAUACAUAAAGGGGAUAGCAAACUAGAUUGUUGUAACUACAGACCAAUAUCUAUUAUAUCUGUAGUAGCUAAAGUGUUUGAAAAGCUUAUCUCCAGGCAACUCAAUGGGUAUUUGGAGUCUAACCACUUGCUGUCGGACAGUCAAACUGGCUUUAGGAAAAAGAGUUCGACUACAACUUCCCUUUUGAAUAAUACGAACAAAUGGUACAUCAAUAUGGAUAAUGGUCUUUUAAACGGAAUUAUUUUUCUCGAUCUAAAAAAAGCUUUCGACUGUGUCGACCAUGAUAUUUUGAUAAAAAAAUUGUCUUACUUUGGCUGUAAAGGAACCACUUUAAAUUGGUUUAAAUCAUAUUUAACGAAUAGAAAACAAAUGUGUAAAGUAAAUCAAGUGACAUCCCAACCUCGAAUAAUUCGUUGUGGUGUACCACAAGGUUCAAAUUUAGGCCCAAUAUUGUUUCUUAUUUAUAUAAACGACUUGCCUAAUUGUUUAAGAACGACUACAGCCAGUUUGUUUGCAGACGAUACUAAUCUGACAGCAAGCGGGUGCUCGAUUAUAGACAUCCAAACAAAAUUAAACAAUGAUUUGGAAAAUAUACAUCACUGGUUAUUGGCCAAUAAAUUAACUCUCAAUAAGGACAAAACUGAAUAUAUGAUAGCCGGGUCUAGGCAACGGAUUAGCAAAAUUGAAGGUGAUCCAGAAGUUAAAUUAGGAAAUUGUAAUAUAAAAAGAGUGAAAGAAACAAAAACUUUAGGUGUCAUUAUUGAUGAUCAGCUAAAAUGGAAUGCACAUAUAGAUAAUGUCGUUACCAAGGUAUCAAAGGCCAUAGGCAUGAUUCGACGAAUGAAAAAUUUUGUACCCCAGUCAACAUUAAUUUCAGUUUAUAAUGCAAUAGUACAACCUCACUUUGACUACUGUAGCCUUGUUUGGGACAUUGGUAAUGUUUACUCGCUUGAAAAGCUGCAGAAAAUGCAAAACAGGGCUGCAAGAGUCAUUACUGGUAGGUCGUACGAAGUUAGGUCCGAGACUAUUUUACAGGACUUAGGCUGGCAGCCACUGAUAGAAAAUUGGAGAGAGAAUAAGGCAGUUUUUAUGUACAAAGCCAAAAAUGGCAAAUACCUGACAACAAUUACUGAUAUCUUUAAUGUGAAAAAUAAUGAAAAUUAUAAUUUACGCAAUAACGAUUGUGACUUUUCGAUAAAAAAGCCUAAAACUAAUUUUCUUAAAAAAAGUAUCGGCUACUCAGGAGUAAAGAUUUGGAAUGAACUGCCAACAGAACUUAAAGAUAAUGGUAUAACAUUAACAAGAUUUAAAGCGCUGCUCCGAGACAGACAAACGUAGAUUGUUAAAGUUUUUAAUGUUUUAUUAUAAGGGUGGGGGGGAGGACUGAGUGAAGGAAGGGGGGGGGGGAUUAUUCGUGUGUUAUAUUUAUUUACAUAUAUAUAUAUAUAUUCGUAUAUUUCAUUAUUUUCUUCCCUUAUUAUUAAUCAACGGCGCCUUGAAAAUCAGCUACAAGGAACUGUAGAUAAACUUGCUGAAGGGCUACCCUUGUAUAUGUGUGUAAAUAAGAUUAAAUAAUAAUAAUAAUAAUAAUAAUAAUUACGUUCAAUCCAAACACGGCCAAACCCGGCGAAGAAAUCUAUGUAAAUAUUCCCAAACUCAAACCGGAUUCCGUAUUAGUUCCCGAUAGUAUGGCGUUGGUCUUUGAUUUUAAAAAUGCCAACGAAAAAUCCUGGUUCCGAAAUAAUCUGGGGAAAUUAUUGCAGAAAAGAUUAGAGAUCCGGUUGGCCGGGGAAAAAGUUUACGAUAACGGCGGCGAAAGUUUGAUGGAAGUGUACAAAGAUUUGUGGAUGGAUGAAAAACAACGUUUGGAUAAAGUUGAAGAUGGGAUUGCCACCGAAGCCGUGCGAAAGAAAAUCUCUAAGGAUGACGAAGCCAAUGCCGAUGCCAAUGCCACCGCAUUGUUCGGUAUCUUCGGAACUAAACAAAGGAUAAAAAUUAAUAAAAUUUUAGGCGAUCACGGAUUGUACGCCCCUUACCAUUCUGCGAACGAUCUACAGUACGUCAUCACGUUACCACAAGCCACGGAAAUCAUGAAUGCUCAAAGUGGUGAAUCCGUCGAGGGCUAUACGUUGGAAAACAUCGAGUUAGAAUACGAGUCCAUCGAAAAUAAUAAUCUCGCCCGAAAAUCCGAAAACCUAUACGGAUCCGAACGAGAAUUAUCGUACGAACACGUCACGCUGAUGAAAAAGACCGAAUGGGAUAAAAAUGCGACGAUCGUCAACGAAACCAUCAACGUGCCACGACGCAGUAUGAAAGCCGUCGUCAUGUUAUUCACCGAAAAAACAUCGACCGAUAGCGAAGAAUAUAUCUUUCCGAACAUCGAAAAAGUGAAAGUGACGAUCGAAGGUGUUCCCAACGUUAUUUACAGUCAAGGAAUGACUAAAACACGCAUGUACGAAGAAGCCAAACGGCUUUUUGGUACCGAUGUGAACAGUCAGCAAUCCCUGAUUAAAUUUUACAAGGAUAAAAAAUUUGCCUUGGUCAUCUACUUACGAACCGUGAACGAUACGAAAACUUAUGGAAACGGCGUGAAAAUUCAAAAUACUCAGUCGGGAAUCUUAGUCGAAAUUACUAAAAAAGCAACGACGGCCAACGUCGUCUGUUAUACGUUCGUUCUUGCGGACGGUGUCAUUAAGAUUGCCAACGGACAAUUCGGUGGUGUAAGGUAUUAGAGACGUACAGGAAAACUUUUUUCAUAGUCGGACGAGUAUGAAAAAAUAUGGGUCGAUAAUGUCGUGAUUCACGACAUUUACCUAUUCCGUCUUUGUAUCCUCUUUUCUUCUUCCUUCCCUUUCCUUCCGUAAACAUGUUUCACCGUCGUUACGCCGCCACUUAAAAUUCCCAGAUACGGAAUGUACGGGGAUACUCUUUCCACGAUACUUUUCACGUCACUUUUUAAUAAUUUAUCCUGAUUUAAUUCUUCUUUCAAAUCAUUCCCGCUAUCGACCAUACGAAUACUUUCCAAUAAUCCCGAAAAUUUCUCGAUCAAAGUUUCUGUGAGUAGGACGUUGACUUUUUCACGUUGACUAAUAUCGUAUUCCCGUUUAAUUUUCCGAAUGAUACGCGGCGUUGCUUUCUUCAAAUAGUUUUCAGACUGCUUGAUUUCACCCGCGUUCGAUAGACGGAUCAGUUCCGCUCGCGUCUCUUCCAGAAUUUCCUGUUCCGUCUUUUCAUAGGUUUCUUCUCCUUCCAUUUUAUUAUACUCCAGGAAUUUUUAUUUCGUGACGAUGCGGAUGAACUGUUUCUAAUUCAAGAUAUGAAUAUUUAUUUUCCCUUAAUUUUUUACGAAUGAAUUUUAUUUCAUCUGCACCCACCACGUCCGGAUCUAUAUAUUCGUUCAGGAUUGUUUUCAUAUCCAACCUGUUCGGAUUAUAGAACGCCACUAAUUUCUGAAUCUGCUCGCGAAAUGGUUUGGCGAUCGAUGUUAACUGUUGUGUAAUAACGAACGUCGAAAUGUUCUGAUGACGUCCACUCAUUCCUAAUUUCACUAAUUCGCUCGGACGAUCUUUUACAAAUUUUGUACUUGCACAAUCAUCUAAAAUAAUCAAUGAUUUUUUUCCCGACGUAUAUUUUACGACACGUCUUCAAGAAUCUCCCACCUCAUCAUGAUCGCAUGGAACCACGAAAAAAUUCGGAUCUUUGUCAAUAAAAUCUUGUUCGUACGUCUUGUUCCAAUGAUACGUCGGACAGAUUAAAAAGAUAUGUUCAAAUUUAUGAAAAUACGUUGUUUUUAAUUCUUCGAUCAAAUAAUGUGUUUUCCCACAUGCUGUCUUUCCCACGAUGAUCAUAUUAAAUGGUUCCAUUUUAUAAAUAUGGGAUGUCUUGCUUCCAAAUCUGAAAAUACUAUCAAGCGCAAUAAAAACCACAAAAGACGGAAAAUGUUUAGUUUGGAAUUCGGGUUUGAUCGAGGCGAUGCGACGACAAGUAUUCACACACAGAUCGGAUACGUUAGUACGACGAUCAAAAAUUACGAUAAAACAAAAGAUGAAACUAUUCCUAUGGAGGACGUUACUAUGGAUGUGUCUGAUCAGUUGCCUCUUGAUCCCGAUCACACUCGAAGUCUUACUUAACAUAAUGAUUCUGAAUAAAUUUUAAUAAUAUGAAAUAUUAUUAAAAUCUUUUUACGCGGACGGUGUGUGGACGGGUAAUUCCUCUUUUUUCUUCUUUCGACACAUCCUCACAAGUUUUGUCGCCACGAAAAUCAAAAUGGAUAAUGCAGACGAACUACAGAUCGCACACGUCGCGUACAACACAUUGGCUUCUUCUUCCGUCAAUGCCACGUUCGGAACGAUCGUUGAAUUCGUACGCGUAGCUUCCGCCGCUAAUUUCAUGGCGGAAUGAAUAACUGUCGUUGCUGGAUUCAUUCUUUUAUUUAAUAGGAAUUUUUUUUAUUCCUCGUCAUCAUCUAUCUCAUAAUACACAUCCAUCAUUUCCUCCCUCUCCCUCCGAAUACGAGCGUUCUCCAAUGCGAACCGAAGUAAAGACGUUCUGUCCGACUUUCUCCUGUAUCCAGAACUACGUCCGAUCUUACCCGCAAGUUCUCUCUCUUUUAUCAAACGCAUACCUUCUUCCCUGUUCUUCUCGCGACGCUUCUUACGUUCCGACGCAAGCUUCUUGAUUUCCACACGGAAAUUAGGUUUUGAAUUCACCAUAUCUCUCUAUUUAUCAUACGUAUAAUUUCUCUUUAAAUACUUGACGAGGCCGAUUUGUUCACGAAAAUUUUUUUGUGAAUUUUCGUGGGGGAAAUUCCAUGGAAAUUUUUUUCAUGAAUUUUUACGGAAAAUUUUUUCCAUGAAAAUUUUUAUGAAGUUUAUUUUUGCGGAAAAAAAUUUUUUAUGGAAAAUUCCUUGAGGACGUUAAGGAUGUUGGGGAUGUUGGGGACGUUGAGGACGUUGAGGAUGUUGAGGACGUUGAGGAUGUUGAGGACGUUGAGGAUGGGAAGAAAUAG